AUGGACGUUGACCAUUUUCAAGUUUCAACGAACGAUAAUCCAAGUCAAAUUGAACAAUCAAACUCUCGCCCUCAUCUAAUCAAUCAAAUAUCGAUGCUGGCCGACCCUGUGUCCAAUGUCAGUCAGAGUACCCAGAUGGAUUUUCUAGGUCCUGGGACAGCUCCAUCAGGCGCUCCCUACUGGCGUGAACUCAUAAAACACCAGGGAACAUCGCCAUUCAACCUAAAUACCACCUACGCCGUAUACCGCAGCGUCAAGGACUAUGGGGCCAAGGGUGACGGUGUCACUGAUGAUAGUGCAGCAUUCAAUCUCGCUAUUUCUGAUGGUGGACGCUGUGGUGGUGGAACUUGUCAGUCGUCCACAACAACUGGAGCCGUUGUGUAUGUUCCCAGAGGCGUUUACCUUUUGAAAAAGGCUAUCACGCCAUACUACAUGACACAGUUGCUUGGAGAUGCUAGGGACCCUCCAACUUUGUUGGCUGAUGAAUCUUUCCGUGACAUGGCGGUGAUAGAUGCGGAUCCAUACAUCCCUGGUGGAGGAGGCGCCCAAUGGUUUACUAACCAAAAUAACUUUUACCGGACAGUGAAAAAUUUCAUCAUCGAUGUUCGCAGGAUACCUGCGUCAUUGUCUCAAGGAACUGGAAUUCACUGGCAAGUGGCUCAGGCCACCAGUUUGCAGAACAUCAAAUUUUACAUGUCCGAAGAUCUUGAUACGGCACAUCAAGGCAUUUGGAUGGAGAAUGGAAGUGGAGGUUUUAUGUCUGACCUCACGUUUUACGGUGGCAAAUUCGGUAUGUGGGUUGGGAAUCAACAGUUCACUGUCCAGAACGUUACUAUGAACAACUGCAAAACUGCAGUCUUCGGAAUUUGGAACUGGGGCUGGACAUUCCAAGGGAUAACCAUAAAUAACUGCGGGGUCGGAUUCGAUCUCCUCACUGGGGGGACAACGUCUGCCACACAAAGUGUUGCUUCUGAAACGAUAAUUGAUGCAGUAGUCAAUAACACACCCUACUUUGUUCGUUCAUCAAACACUAACAACAAGCAUCUCAGUGGUUCGCUUGUAUUAAUCAAUGCGCAGCUCAAUAAUGUGUCGGUCGCUGUCAGCGCAAUCAACCAGACCAAACCUCUCCUCGCGGGUACUUCUGGUUCAAUGAAUAUUGCAGCUUGGGGACAAGGAAACGUCUAUAAGGGUUCUAGUCCAAGCUUCGAAUACAUGCAAGGCAACAUUGAGAUUCCUCGAAUCUCCGAGUCUUUACUUGACGGCGAUGGCAGAAUUUUCAGCAAAGGCCGUCCUCAGUAUGAAGACUACUCUUUGGAUCAAAUCGUCAGUGCAAAGGAUAACGGAGCCAAAGGAGAUGGGAAGACGGAUGAUACAAAAGCACUGCAAACUCUACUAAAUGAGUCUGCUAACAGGAAGAUCAUUUUCCUCGACGCAGGCGUCUAUUUGAUCACUACAACACUGUUAAUACCUGCCGGAACUCGCCUGACUGGAGAAGUUUGGUCCACAAUUUCUGCAACAGGAUCGUAUUUCGCAAACCAGGAAAACCCACAGGUCGUUGUUCGGGUUGGAGAAGAGGGAUCUCAAGGAGUAGUGGAAAUCACGGACAUCCUUUUCUCUACCAAAGGAGCAGCUCCCGGCGCGAUCUUGGUUGAGUGGAACGUUAGAGACCCCGAAGGUACACCCGCUGGUGCUGGCAUGUGGGAUACUCAUUUCCGGAUCGGGGGAGCUGCUGGAACUGAAUUGGGGCCGAAGGAAUGUCCCCCUAAGAAGGGCAAUGCCAAAGCCUGUACUUCGGUCUUUUUAUCCCUUCACAUCACUGAAAAGGCCACUGCGUACUUGGAGAGUUCAAAACGCACCUUCCUUUUAGCUGGAUAUGGGUUGCAGGUGAGGAAUCAUACGUUAGAUGAGGACGGUGUCUCGCAGUUGGAAAUAUACGCUGGACGGGGUGUUCUUUCCCAGUCAUUGGGACCUGUAUGGAUGCUUGGGACCUCGGAGCACCAUGUCAUUUAUCAGUAUCGUUUGGUCAACGCGAAGAACCAUUACCUUGGUCUGGUACAAACAGAGAGCCCAUACCACCAACCUAAACCGGCCGCACCGUACCCUUUCUCUCUUAGCGAGGCUUUUGCAGAUCCAAAAUUCCCAGAUGAUCUCAAAUCUGCUUGGUCUAUCAGCGUAGCCAGAUCCAAAAAUAUAGUUGUUCUUGGCGCCGGAUUUUACAGCUUCUUCAAUAACUACGUGAACAGCUGCAGCCAUGACAAGGUAGCCUGCCAGUCUCAAAUUACUGACAUCGAUAGCGAAUCAAGCAUUCAGCUAAUCUCGGUUUCGACUGUUGGUGUUCAGUAUCCCAUUUCUGUCAACCAAAAAGGUGUUGCGCUCCGGAAAGACAACAUCAAUGGAUUCGCCGAAACUGUUACCGCUUGGACUUCUUCUUGA